AUGUCUUGCUUAGAGGUCUUCCAAGAGGGUGAGUUUAGUAGAGAAGAAUCUGCUGAAGAGUUCACUCUUGAUGGGAGUGUUGAUUUGCAUGGCCGUCCCGCAGUCAGAGCCAAAUCUGGAAGAUGGGUUGCUGGAACCAUCAUCCUCUUGAACCAGGGUCUGGCAACCCUUGCAUUCUUUGGUAUUGGAGUGAACUUAGUCCUGUUCCUGACAAGGGUGGUGGGCCAAAAUAACGCUGAUGCUGCUAACAAUGUGAGCAAGUGGACUGGGACUGUUUACAUCUUCUCUCUUGUGGGUGCUUUCCUCAGUGAUUCUUAUUGGGGAAGAUAUAAAACUUGUGCUGUCUUUCAGGUCAUCUUUGUAAUAGGUCUAAUGUCCUUAUCCUUGUCAUCAUACCUCUUCUUGCUAAAACCUAAAGGGUGUGGGAGUGAAUUAGUUAAAUGUGGGAAUCAUUCAAGAUUGGAGAUGGGGAUGUUCUACCUCUCAAUCUAUCUCAUUGCCUUGGGGAAUGGGGGUUAUCAACCAAACAUUGCCACAUUUGGGGCUGAUCAGUAUGAUGAGGAGCACUCAAAGGAAGGUCACUUAAAGGUGGCCUUCUUUAGCUACUUCUACCUAGCUUUUAACCUUGGUCAACUCUUCUCAAACACCAUUUUAGUCUAUUUCGAGGAUGAAGGAAUGUGGGCUCUUGGUUUUUGGCUAUCUGCAGGCUCUGCCUUUGCUGCACUGAUCUUGUUUCUUGCAGGCACCCCAAGGUAUAGACACUUCAAGCCCAGUGGCAACCCUCUCUCCAGGUUCUGCCAAGUCCUUGUGGCUGCAUCAAGGAAAUCUGGAAUUCAAAUGUCAUCAAAUGGAGAGAACUUAUAUGACAUGGAUAUAAAGGACUCUUCCACCAAUUCCAACAGAAAGAUUCUCCACACUCACGGGUUCAAGUUCUUGGAUAGGGCAGCAUUUAUAUCUUCAAGAGAUGUAGAGGACCAGAAAGGUGCUGGUUACAACCCGUGGCAACUCUGUCCUGUAAGUCAAGUUGAAGAGGUGAAGUGCAUACUGAGACUUCUUCCAAUUUGGCUAUGCACCAUAAUAUACUCAGUCGUUUUCACACAAAUGGCUUCUCUUUUUGUGGAGCAAGGUGCUGCCAUGAAAACCACAGUUUCCCAUUUCAGAAUACCACCAGCUAGCAUGUCUAGCUUUGAUAUCCUGAGUGUAGCUGUGUUCAUUUUCUUUUACCGUCGAGUUCUUGAUCCAUUUGUCGGAAAGCUUAAGAAGUCAGAUUCUAAGGGACUUACAGAACUUCAGAGAAUGGGAGUUGGACUUGUUAUAGCUGUAAUGGCAAUGGUUUCGGCUGGAAUAGUUGAAAUCUAUAGGCUUAAGUAUGCAAAACAGGGGUGCACCAAUUGCAAUGACACGAGCACUUUGAGCAUCUUCUGGCAAAUCCCUCAGUACGCAUUUAUAGGAGCUUCUGAGGUGUUUAUGUAUGUAGGCCAGUUAGAGUUCUUCAAUGCUCAGACACCAGAUGGCUUGAAGAGCUUUGGAAGUGCACUUUGCAUGACGUCCAUUUCCCUUGGGAACUAUGUGAGUAGCUUACUUGUUAGUAUGGUUAUGAAGAUCUCCACCGAGGAUCACAUGCCAGGCUGGAUCCCUGGAAACCUCAAUAAAGGUCACCUAGAUAGGUUUUUCUUCCUUUUAGCUGCCUUGACAUCGAUAGAUUUGAUAGCCUAUAUUGCAUGCGCAAAGUGGUACAAGUGUAUACAGCUGGGCGUUAAAAAUGAAGAGAAUGAUGAGCCAGAUAACUUCACAGUAUAAUUUGUGAGGCAUAUGAUUCAAAGGUAAUGGCAUAUUUAUAAUAAGAGAAAGAAAGGAGCAAUCUUGGUUAUGUUAACCGUUGGAAGAAAUAAUUUGCAGAUUUGCAGGAGGAGAAGCCCUUCUUACACGAGUCUCUGACUCUUCAACUUCACUCACUGUUUUUACGCUCAAAUAUGUUCUUAAAGCGCAGCACUGUGUAAAGCAAAACUCUGACGAGACAAUGACUGUUUUAGGGUCCCUAGAAACCUCCCUUCUUUUUCAUUUUUAAGUUCCAUUGUUGAAGAUUAAAUAUGUUAUUUGGAUUUGUGAGUGUGACGUGGUUCCGACUAUAUACACGGCUAUGCUUCCCUCCCCAAAGCUAACACAAGAUUUUAUUGUCCUUGAUGUCUGGUACUUCUGUCCCAAACAAACUAAGCAAUCAUGGACAAUCCACUUAUUAAGGCAAAAAUCUCGAAAGAUACAGAGAAAGAGAAAUUUUUAGUAAAGGCUUUCUAAUAUUUUUAGAUUUUGCUGAUAGAGCGGAAUCAUCCAAACAGAAUCCGAACUAGCUGUAGCACACCCAAUAUCAUUACAGCAAAAUGUGGACAAGCAAAUAAUUCUACAUAGCGUCACUAACAAAGAACAGCAAAAAGCAGUAACUUACAUUGCUGGCAUUAUAUUUGACAAGAUAAAUUCUGGAUAAUAACAAUUUUAGAAAAAGACGACAUAAGUGUGUGAUUUAAGAAAUUUACAAAAAUGCACUUUAGGGUGCCAACAAUUACCCAAGCAACAAUUCAAUAUUCGGCAAAUUUGUCGCAGUAGUAACCAGAGGAAUUAACAAGAAUAUUUAUGGUCCACAGACUCAAAUUUUGCAUUGUCAAAAUGU